AUGUCUGUCUACAUUGCAGAAAAUACUGCAAGCGAGCCUCUAUCCAACGAAGAUGCUCGCUGGGUCGGUCUUAAAAAAAUCACAUACACCGAUCAAACAGGCGUCCAGCGAACAUGGGAAUCCGCCGAGCGUCUCACCCGUCCCAAAGACGCCCUCAUAGACGGCGUCGGCAUCGUCGCCAUUCUCGCCCACUCCCACAGCCCUAAAAUCGUCCUCCAGAAACAAUUCCGCCCCCCGGUAAACAAAGUCGUCAUCGAAGUCCCCGCCGGAUUAAUCGACGAAGGCGAAACAGCUGAAGAAUGCGCCGUACGCGAACUCCGCGAAGAAACAGGCUACGUUGGCGUCGCUACCGAAACCUCGCCCAUCAUGUUCAACGAUCCUGGCUUCUGUAACACGAAUUUAAAAAUGGUGCAUGUCAGUAUUGAUAUGACUCUCGAGGAAAAUAAGAAUCCGAAGCCGAAUUUGGAGCCGGGGGAGUUUAUUGAGACGUUUACGGUUGAGUUAUCGGAUUUAUGGAAGGAGUGUGAGAGGUUGGAGGCGCAGGGGCAUGUUAUUGAUGCGAGGGUUGCGACUAUUGCAGAGGGGAUUCUUCUUGCUCAGAGGUUCAAGCUUUAG